AAGGGGAGAGGGGGGAGGAUCAGGGAUCAGGGCAACAAAAUCCUUUAACCUUAAACUUUUUAGUGCAGACGACAGUAUAAACACAUCGGUGCCGUUUGAAAGGAACAGUCAUCGAAGAAACUUAACAUGGGGUCUUCAUCCGAUUUAGAAAUUGUCAAAGCACACAUUGCCUCGUAUCCUGAUUUUCCAAAAGUUGGAAUCUUAUUCCGUGAUAUGUUUCCAAUCUUCCAAAGUCCGGAAGCACUGGCUGCGUUAGAGAACCUUCUUGUUGAUCAUGUGAAAGGCCUGCAGGGUGUAGAUGCAGUUGUUGCACUGGAAUCAAGAGGUUUUCUUCUAGCUCCUCUUAUUUCAUCGAAAUUGGGGAUUCCUAUGGUACCCAUUCGGAAAAAGGGCAAGCUGCCUGGGAAAAUACGGAAAGUAGACUUUGCUCUCGAGUAUGGAACUGACACGUUUGAAAUGCAAGAAAAUAGUAUCAAGCCAGGACAAAGAGUUGUGGUCAUUGAUGAUCUUCUAGCUACUGGAGGCACAGCAAAGGCUGCCUGUCAGCUCAUUAGGGAUUUUAGUGGAGAUGUUGUAGAGUUGCUGGUCUUAAUGGAAUUGAAGGACUUACAAGGACGUAACAAUGUGCAGUGCCCUGUACAUUCAAUAGUACAAUUUUGAUGCUUCGCAGCUGUUAUCUGAAAAACAUUCCCUUACAUUCCACUGUCAACAUUACUGCAUUUGAAGCUUGAGAUUAAAGCAUACGAAGAGGCUGUGAGACACUUUUGAUAAACAAAACUAUGUUUUUUUAAUUUGAUACAUUCCAUUGCUGUGAAUAAAACGUGGUUCUGUAUUUUACAAAA